UUCGGGAAGGAGAGAAGGAAUACCGUGGUGGCUUGCCCGCUGUCACUUCGAGCACAGUGUUGGUACCCUACCAACACAUUGGUUAAGCUCUUCAGUUUUAGAUUACGCGUAAGCGAUAGGCUAAAAUCCAACCAAAUAGCCCAGGCUAUUUAUUUUUAUUUUUUACCCAGUUCCCCCCGGAUUUAAAAAGAGUGCUUCCUGGUCUGCGACGUUUUCAGGCGGACAUGUCUGGUCAGCCACGGCGUGUGCGGCUGAAGCCAUGGCUAGUGGCCCAGGUGGACAGUAGCAAUUACCCUGGUUUGGUGUGGCUGGACCGUGAGAUCAGGCGCUUCCAGAUCCCCUGGAAGCAUGCCACCCGCCACACCCCCCAACACGAGGAGGAGAACACCAUCUUUAAGGCUUGGGCAGUGGAGACUGGAAAGUUCCAGGAAGGUGUGGAUGAGCCAGACCCAGCCAAGUGGAAGGCACAGCUGCGGUGUGCUCUUAACAAAAGCCGUGAAUUCAAUCUCAUCUACGAUGGCACCAAAGAGGUGCCUAUGAACCCUCUCAAGAUAUACGACGUCUGUGACAUUCCGCAGCCUCUUAGCAACCCUGGUUCCACAGGCUCUGUGCCUUGGGAAGACGAUGCAGACGGAGACGACGAGAACCCUGACACACCAGAACCCCUUCCACCCUACCCAAAACAGAAUGGCACUAGCUCGUCCCCCCUGGGCCCCCCGGUUUGGACGCCCCCAGGGUCGGUGUCCCCCAUGCAGCCGCCCAGCUGCCCCCCAUCCUCGGUGGAGGUGUGGCCCAAGGAGGAGCCUGUGGAGAUGGACGUACAGCCCCCACCCAUGGACAUUCAACCAGCGCCCAUAGUGGUGAUGCAGCCCCCUCCCAUAGUGAUGCCCCCAACUCUUCCUGAUGCCAUGAUGUUUGCUACCCCGGAGACAUGGAUCAGCUCCCUGCCUAUGACUGACCUGGAGGUGCAGUUCCGCUACCGGGGCAAGGAGGUGUGCCCGACCAUCAACGUGAGCAACCCGCAGGGCUGCCGCCUCUUCUAUGGGGACCUGGGCCCCAUGGUCAACCAGGAGGAGCUGUUUGGACCCGUGAGCUUGGAGCAGCUGCGCUUCCCCACCACCGAGCACAUCACCAACGAGAAGCAGCGGCUCUUCACCAACCGCCUGCUGGACGUCAUGGACCGCGGCCUCAUCCUGGAGGUCAGCGGGCAUGACAUCUACGCCGUGCGCCUCUGCCAGUGCAAGGUGUACUGGUCGGGGCCAUGCGCACCCAAUCCCACCGCACCCAACCUCAUCGAGCGCCAGCGCAAGGUCAAACUCUUCUGUCUGGAGUCCUUCCUCAGUGGUGUAAUUGCCCAUCAGCGUGGCAUGUCUGGCAGCCCACCGGAGUUUGACAUCAACCUGUGUUUUGGCGAGGAGUGGCCUGAUGGCAGGCCGCAGGAGAGGAAGCUGAUUAUGGUCCAGAUCGUCCCAGUCGUGGCGCGCAUGAUCAGCGAAAUGUUCUCCGGCGACUGCACGCGCUCCUUCGACAGUGGCAGCGUGCGUCUGCAGAUCUCCAUUCCCGACAUCAAGGACAACAUUGUGUCACACCUCAAGCAGCUCUACAGCCUGCUGCAGACCCACCAGCCCCCAGGGGAGGGCUGGACCAUCCCGCCCGGGGCGGCCAUGCAACUGCCCCCCACACUACAGGCCCAGUAGGACAAGUUGACACACACACACACACACACACACACACACACACACACACACACAUACAUACUGCCCCAACAUAAACACAGUUCUUCUGAGUGCCUUGUGGUGUAAAAGAGACCCUGGUCAGCACUGUGAGACUAUGGUCUGCUUUGAAAAGAGUACUUAGAUUCCUGAAAUAUAAUUUUCUAGUGACUGUUUUCUCUACAUUUAAAAAAAUAAUUAGCGAUGCUAUGGUCUUGUUACAUUAUACAUCUUAUACACAUUGGGUGUCUCAUUUGUGUAUCGUUUCUUUUAGACAGAGGAAGGCAGUUGUGCAGGACUGAAGUAGAGCUAGUUGCUUUAUAACCUAGUGCAGCACCAGAAAGCAUCAAGGGUCAAAGUCCUGCAGGUCGCAAGGUCACUUUUUAAACUGUUAAUCAUUUACUCUCUGUGGCCUCCAUUUGGGUCUGACCCUUACUUUCAUACUGAAUCUUGACCUUAUACUCAGUCUCCAGAUACAACUUCUAAGACAUAAGCGGUAUCAUCACCAUUAGUCAUUGGUGUUUGCCUUGCAUUCCUAGUUACUUUUGCCAAAUUCUGGGUGCUGACAGAUCGUAGAGACUGUUUUUUAUAUGUAUUCUUCUGUGGAGAUAUGUUUGUUUGUCCCCACCCUGGUCCUUUUAGGGAUUUGGAGAUGUACAGAGCUUUUCCACUUUAUUUCUUGUGUGCAGUUUCCUCAUUAUGUUGGUUAUGUAGAUCACAAGCUUGGAAAUUCUCAUGGAAUCACUAUUAUAAAGCUGUUUAUAUGCAUUACAAAACUAAUUUCUAUUUUAUGCUUCAAGGGACAAGACUUGUGAUUUUAUUGUCAGUGGAUUGUUUUUCAUUUAUAAGAAACUGAUGAAAUGUAGAAAGAGUAAUUAAUGUUUUCUCACCAUUGACAAACAUAAUGAGUAUAGUAAGCAUGGCAUAUUGGGUUAACAGCACAAAAAUGCUUUUGUUAGUUGUUAGCGCAAAUAUUUUAUUACAUAACUGUAUGUACCUGACCGAUUUUAGCAAAUAAAACUUCUGUUUAAAAGUC